CAAAAUACACGUCUCGCCAUUUUCUUUCAACUUGGACGAGCAAUCAAUCGUCUUCCCAUCAACCAGUCCCCGCCCCCACGACUUCUGGAUUCUAGAGCGAGAGAGUUUUAGAGGAGAGAGAGAGAGAGACUUGGGGUGUGGAGGAUCGUGGACUGAAAAACAAUGGCUUUGCAGACCAGUACCAGCAGCAGUGCCCUGCUCUCGACAUCUCCGCCGGUUCCUUCUGGGGCCGCUUCCGUUCGACUCCGAGCCCGAAUGGUCGGAGCUGGAAUCUGGGGUCGGAGGAAAACGGGAGGGGGGGGAAGGGUUUGUAUGAUCGCAUGCAGGAGCAGCAUCGGCGGCCAUGGCGGCGGAAAGAAGGGAGUGCCCAGUUCGAAUUAUGUGGUGCCCCUAGACAAAUCGUUUUCGUACACCAACUCUUCCUGCAUCACUCGCCCUCUCGCUGAAAUCCUCAGAGACCUCAAUAAGAGAAUCCCUGACAACAUCAUCCAGACGCCACCUGAAAAUCCCUCCUCCACCUUCAUCCCCUGGUACCAUGCGAACCGGAUGCUGAGCUUCUACGCUCCUGGAUGGUGUGGAGAAAUCCGUGAUGUUAUAUUUUCUGACAAUGGAAGUGUGACUGUGGUAUACCGUGUCACUGUACGUGGAUCUGAUGGAGAGGCACACCGUGAAUCAACUGGAACAGUAACACCCAGUGAUGGCGACGUUGAUCCAGUUGCUGCAGCUGAGCAACUUGCUUUCGUCAGAGCAUGUUCUCGGUUUGGCCUUGGCCUGUAUCUGUAUCAUGAAGAUUAGAGGCAAAGAGACAGGGAGGAUAGAGCUGCUCAUCGUGUCAUCUUUUUGUUUGAUUUGUUAAGUCAGAUUGCGCUUUAUGCCUGUUGAUGUAUAUAUCUGACGGAUGAGCUAUCACAUAUAUGCUGCAGAUUCAUAUACAUAUGUUUAGGUUGUUGGGAACAAAUAAUCGUGAAAACGCUGCAGAUAAUAGAUACGAAUUCAGAUAUUGCAAUCGCGUAUUUAUGAAUCAAUAGAAACAGUAAACUAUUA